AUGGCCUGGGAAUAUGUUCGCCGAACUCCAUCGCUUUCAUUGCACACGGCUACAUUGUUUUCUGGCCAGUCUGAGCUUUCAAUUUAUUUUUUAGGGCAUCCGAAUCUGCGUGCAUUCGUGUCGCACUGCGGCCAGAACAGUCUGACAGAAGCAGUGCACCAGGGAGUGCCGCUUGUCUGCGUACCACUAUUCGGUGACCAGAAGCAUAAUGCGCAGAAGGCAGUCAAGCGAAAUAUUGCAGUUUGCGUUGACAAGAGUGAUCUGUCACCGAAUGCACUGAUACAUGCAUUUAGGAAAGUCCUUCACGACACAACGUAUCGCAAAUCAUCGGAGCGCUUAAGCGAAAUGAUCCGGCACAAGCCUUUCUCUUCACGUGAACGUUUGUUGAGACAUGUGGAUUUCGCGUCGAAAUUUGGGCCAAUAGACAGCUUUGAUAUCGCUGCCAACGACUUAUCAUUUGUGCAGUAUUACUUGCUUGAUAUAAUCAUUCCGUUGCUCCUUCUGGUUGCUCUCAUCGUUUUCCUAUCACUUCAAUUCCUCAUUUUUGCUAUACGCAAGGUAUUGGUGUUCCCAAAAACAAAAAGCGAUUAA